AUGCGGUUACGCAGCCCGCUUCUCCUGUGUCCCGAGCUGCUGCUGCGGCUGCUGCUGCCGGCCGCCGCCGCCGCCGCCGCCGCCGCCGCCAACGCCAGCGCGGGCUUCGAGUGGGAUUCCAUCACGCCCAGCCCGCGCCUCGAGUACCACGCCUGCUACGCGUCGUUCCGGUGCGCCCGCCUCUCCGUCCCGCUCGACUGGAGGAACGCGUCGGACGGGCGCGCCGCCGCCAUCGCCGUCAUCUCGCUGCCCGCCAGGGUGCCCGACACCGACGCCGCGUUCGCGGGCCCCGUGCUGGCCAACCCCGGCGGGCCGGGCGACUCGGGCGUCGAGCUGCUGCGCGCCAGGGGCCGCUUCCUGCAGGACUACGUCGACAUCCCCGGCAGGAGGCACUACGAGCUGGUGUCGUUUGACCCGCGCGGCGUGGCGAACAGCCGGCCGCUGGCGGACUGCUUCCCGGGCGGCACGCUCGCCAGGGCCGCGCUGAAGCUGGAGCUGAGGGGGGCGCAGGGCGAGCGGGAGCGCGGCAGGUACGCCGUGGCGCACGGCCUGGCGCUCGUGGACGGCUUCGCCAAGAGGUGCGAGGGGGCGGAUCGGGACGACGGGCGGGCCAUCUUCAGCUACCUGAACACGCCGAGCGUCGCGCGGGACAUGGUGGAGAUGGAUGACGUCGCGAGGUUGCAGUACAUUGGUUUCUCGUAUGGCACGGUUCUGGGAAACUACUUUGCGUCCAUGUUUCCCGAGAGGAUUGGGCGCAUGGUCCUCGACGGAGUGUGCAACGCUGUCGACUAUUCAACGGGUCCAGGCUGGCUGACCAACACGGUCGACGCGGACAAAGUCGUCGGCAAGCUCUUCGAGGGCUGCUUCGGCGCCGGGCCCCAGAGCUGCGCCCUCGCCCGGCCCGACGACCGGUCCGCCUCCGACAUAAGCACGCGCUUCUGGAGCUGGGUCGGCGGGCUCGACGAGGCGCCCGUGUCCGGCCUCGCCCCGUCGGGCAACUACGUCGUCCUGACCGGCGUCGACGUCCGCCUGCUCGUCGCGCGGGCGGCCUACCGGCCCCUGUCCACGUACAAGGCCCUCGCGCAGGACCUCGACGCGGCCAUGCGCGGCGCCAACCUGUCGGCCGUCUUGGCCAAGGUGGAAGCCGGCCUCGGGGAGCCGCUCCAGACGGCCUGUCCCGUCGCCAACGCCACCCUGGCGCCCGACCAAGGCGCAGACGCCCACCACGGCAUCGUGUGCUGCGACGGCGGGGACGUCACCGGCACCGGCGCCGCGUGGUGGCAGGCCUACCUCGACAGGCAGCUGCGGCAGUCGUCCGUGUUUGGCUACAUGUGGACGAGCAUCCGGUUCCCCUGCGCGCGGUGGCGGUUCAAGCCGAGCUGGGCCUUUCGGGGGCCCUUCACCACGCCCGAAGCGAGCAGCGGCAGCGGCAGCGGCAGCGGCGGCGGGGCCGGGGGCGGGGCCGGGGGCGAGCGGGAGGAAAGGGGCAAGCCCGCGGCGCCGCUGCUGUUCCUGACCAACCGGCUGGAUCCCGUGACGCCGCUGUCCGCGGCCAGGGCCAUGGCUGGCGCGCAUCCCGGGGCGCGCGUGGUUGUGCAGGAGGCCAUCGGCCACUGCGCCAUGCUGUCGGCGUACAGCGAGUGCACCAGGCGGCUUGUGCGGGAGUACCUGGACAGCGGCAAGGUGCCGGACGGCGAGGCUUCCUGCGAGGCGGAGUGCGGCCCGUGGGAUGCGGACUGCCGGGUGGAAGUCCGGGAAAGCAGGCCCUGGCACGAGAGGCGCUUUCCCUUGGGGGCGUGA